AGCAGCCCCUUUCCGGUUCCCUUCUGGCUGCUUCCUCUUGUUCGUGCAGGUACUAAUUCUGAAGAUCGGAGGCGACAGAGCAGAGCAGAAGAUCAGGGAGAAGAGAUGAGGGAGAUCAUCAGCAUCCACAUAGGGCAGGCGGGCAUCCAGGUGGGGAAUUCCUGCUGGGAGCUCUACUGCCUCGAGCAUGGCAUCCACCCCGACGGCCUCAUGCCCAGCGAUACCUCCAUUGGGGUUGCGAAGGAUGCAUUCAACACGUUCUUCAGUGAGACGGGUUCAGGGAAGCACGUUCCAAGGGCCUUGUUCGUCGACCUGGAGCCCACCGUCAUUGACGAGGUGAGGACGGGGGCAUACCGCCAGCUCUUCCAUCCAGAGCAGCUCAUCUCCCACAACGAAGACGCGGCUAACAACUUUGCCCGUGGACACUACACAGUUGGAAGAGAAGUAGUGGACCUUUGCCUUGACCGGAUAAGAAAAUUGGCGGACAACUGCACUGGCCUCCAGGGUUUCUUGGUUUUCAAUGCUGUCGGCGGUGGAACUGGCUCGGGACUUGGUUCAUUGCUUCUGGAACGGCUAUCAGUAGACUAUGGCAGGAAAUCGAAGCUCGGUUUCACCAUCUAUCCUUCACCACAGAUUUCAACGGCCGUGGUCGAGCCCUACAACAGCGUGCUCUCGACGCAUUCACUGAUCGAGCACACCGACGUGGUGGUAAUGCUGGACAACGAGGCCAUCUACGACAUCUGCAAGAGGUCCCUGUGCAUCGAGCGCCCGUCCUACACCAACCUGAACAGGCUGAUCUCCCAGGUGAUAUCGUCCCUGACCACAUCCCUGCGGUUCGACGGCGCCAUCAACGUUGACAUCACCGAGUUCCAGACCAACCUGGUGCCGUACCCGAGGAUCCACUUCAUGCUCUCCUCCUACGCGCCCAUCAUCUCGGCGGAGAAGGCCUUCCACGAGCAACACUCCGUCCCGGAGAUCACCAACUCUGUCUUCGAGCCGGCGAGCGUCAUGGCCAAGUGCGACCCCAGGCACGGCAAGUACAUGGCCUGCUGCCUCAUGUACCGCGGCGACGUCGUGCCCAAGGACGUCAACGCCGCCGUCCACUCCAUCAAGACCAAGAGGACCGUGCAGUUCGUCGACUGGUGUCCGACUGGCUUCAAGUGCGGGAUAAACUACCAGCCGCCGACAGUGGUUCCGGGAGGGGACCUGGCCAAGGUGCGCCGCGCGGUGUGCAUGAUCAGCAACAACACCGCCGUGGCGGAGGUCUUCUCGCGCAUCGACCGCAAGUUCGACCUCAUGUAUGCCAAGCGCGCGUUCGUGCACUGGUACGUCGGCGAAGGGAUGGAGGAGGGGGAGUUCUCGGAGGCGAGGGAGGACCUCGCCGCGCUGGAGAAGGACUACGAGGAGGUCGGAGGCGAGGGGGAAGAGGACGAGGACGAAGGCGAGGAGUACUGAGCUCAGCUUGGCCGGAAACACAUGACACACUUUCGUGGGUGGAGUCUGUCAGUCGAUCAAGCGUGCUUGAUUAAGAUUGGUGGCAUAGUUGUACUUCUACACUGGCUGCCGCGGUUUUGUUGGUCUCUGUCUCCCUAUUCGCUGCUGUAUUCGUGCUGUGUCAGCGUUAGCAGAGUGCAAAAUGUUAGUAGAUUGGUUCGUGUGCUCCGAUGGUCCGGUUUCAGAAAUGUGGACAAGUUUGUAUGGCAGAUUUGUGCAGAAGAUUGUUCGCUACAAUAAUAAGUAAAGAGUUUUUCAUUAACA